AUGGUCCGAUUAGAAAAACUUGAACUGUAUACUCAGAAUUAUUUCUACGUGAAUGAAGUUAAUAAAUUGAAAUUUCACGCAGAAAAGUCUAAAUCUACCACAGCAGAGGUGCAAACGAAGUCAUUUAUAUCAGAUGAUGAUAAUGACCAUGUUAAACCAGCAGUGAAUGUGAUUUUAUAUGAUGACGAGCCAGUACACGAAAUGAUCUUUAGUAUUUAUUCAUACUGGUAUUUGGCAUUCAAACGAUUCAUGGAUUAUACCGCGUUAUCUUUACGUGCAGGUUGCGUUUUUGACACAAGUUUCGGUAUACGAGAAACUAUAGGACAGAUUGCUGCCAAACAGAAUGACCUUGUAGAUGAAAUUUUUGCUGAGGAUGCACAUACUCGAGCAAAACGACAGCAACUGCAACAAACCAAAGUACGUUUGGGAAAAGUGGAUGCUAUACCUGGUGAUGUUCGGAUAACUGUCGAUAGUAAUGAUAUGUUAAUCAGUGACUUCAAGUUGUUAGAAAAUCCACCAUUGAUAAUAUUAGAUAGCCUAGCAGAAAAUCUGACUUGCUCUCGUAUCAUUAACACUACUAGUCCAUCAACCCCUGUACUGACUACGCAUUAUCAACAAUCUGUUCUAGAUUUUGCAAAAACAUGGCUAGAUUCUGAAACAACAGUUCCGAUAAAUUCUGCUGUCAAUCGACCUUCUGCAAUCAAAAAAGUAGCCGUACAUAAGCAAAUAUGA